UUAAGAAAAAAAAAAAAUACUUUAUUUAUAGGGAAAAAACAAUACAGAUGACACUUCGUGUUUUUUCAAACUUUUAAACACUCCAUUAAUUACUACUUUGUCUGUUAAAUAAAAGAGGUGAUAUUAUGUACGAAUUUAUGUACUCACGUGAAAAACAAUAAUAAAAGCCUAUAGGACCUACUCCAAUAAUUUGAUUUGAACUACUCUCAAUCCAAUUUGGUUAUUUAUACAUAAUGGUAUUGGGUAUAACAACAGAAUAGUAUAUCCAUACAGAAUAUAUACCUCAGGAUUAGGAUAAUGACAACCACAGCCGACGGUAAUUCCAAGCCCAAAUUACACGGCAAAGUAGCCAUAAUCACAGGCGGAGCCAGCGGCAUCGGCGAAGCCACCGCACGACUGUUUGCGGAUCACGGUACUGCAAUGGUAGUUAUCGCCGAUAUUCAGGAUGAACUUGGACGCCAAGUGGCCCAAUCAAUCGGCGCUGGAAGGUGCACGUACGCGCGUUGUGAUGUCACCGACGAAGAACAGGUAAAACUCACAGUUGACUGGACUGUUCAGAAGUACCAUCGCCUGGACAUCAUGUUCUGCAAUGCCGGAAUCUGUAGCAGCCAACCGCAGACCGUAUUGGACCUCGAUCUCUCAACUUUCGACCGGCUUCUGGAGGUGAACGCCCGAGGAGUUGCGGCGUGCGUGAAGCAUGCGGCGCGUGCGAUGGUGGAGCGGCGCGUGAGAGGAAGCGUUGUUUGCACGGCGAGCGUGGCUGCCUCUGUCGGUUUGAGGACACGGACAGAUUACUGCAUGUCGAAACACGCGGUGUUGGGGCUAGUGAGAUCGGCGAGCUUGCAGCUGGGGAAGCACGGCGUUAGGGUGAACUGUGUCUCGCCGAGCGGGCUGGCGACGCCGCUUUCGUGCGCCGCCAAUGGGGUGGAGGCGGAGGAACUUGAGAAACUUUACGAAAGGUCUUCGUGUUUGAAAGGAGUGGUGCUGAAGACGCGACACGUGGCUGAUGCGGUUUUGUUUCUCGCGAGUGAUGAAUCUGAGUUCGUCACCGGUCAUAACUUGGAAGUUCAUGGUGGUUUUACUUCGCCCUGAACGAUCUACUUGGACUCUUAUGUUGGGUCGGGCUUUAUGCUGGAUCCUCUAGUUUUUUUUUUUUUUUUUGAAAUGAACAUUGAUUGAAAUAAUAAAUUCAUUGGAAAAAAUCAGAAACCAUCCAUUUAAAUUAGUUUGUGGAUUCAUCCACACGAACUGCUAAUUGUAUAUAACAAAUAUGAAUUAGAGAUGGCUGAGAAAAUUUGGAUAACUAACUAACACAAACAACUAAAAAAAUCCAAAUAUCAAAAAGGAUCACUUAGGAAAAGUAAUGGACAGUCCAGGUGCGAGUUACAACUACAGAAUCCGCUUUCUACUAAUCUCCCAAAUGAAAAUUGUUUCGACGCUUUAACAUAUAUUAAAUAACAAUACGAGCUCCUACAAAAAUGUUAAAAAGAAAUAAUGAGAAACAUUUCAAAUUAAUAAACUAAGUAAACUAUCAAAUCCCAAAAAAAUAAUAGCUUUAGAUUAAAAAAUAUGAAAAACUUAGGGUGGUAACUAUUUUAAAAAUAGUUUUUGUUUUUUAAUUAAAAAUUUAAAAAUAAAAAAUAAAAAAAAAUGAGAUUUUUACACCAAGUACCAAAUUUAAUUACUUUUUUACAUUUUUAAUGCUUAUCAAUUUAUUAAACAUUUUUACAAAACUACUUUUACUUUUUUAAAUCUCAAAAAAUAUUAUAAUUACAAAAAUACUACAAUAUUCACCAUUUGGUUUCUCUCAUUUUUGUUUCUUCUUCUUUGUCUUCGACUGCUGAUGAAGGGUGGUGGUUCAACAACUAAGUUCGCAAGUCGGAUAAGUCGAGCUCUAAUCGCCGCUUCCAACUACACAAAGCCAACUCGUUCAUGGAGUCCUUCCCUCAAGAACACAUUGCACCGACUCCGUUGUCGCAACUCACUCACCCCAUCACUCGUUGCCCGAGUCAUCGACCCCUUUCUUCUUCCUCACCACUCACUUGCACUUGGAUUCUUCAACUGGGCAGCCCAUCAACCAGGUUUUAGUCACACUUUCAUAACUUACCAAUCAAUCCUCAAAUCUCUUUCUUGUUCCUGCCAAUGCAAUGCCAUUGAUACUCUCCUCAAGCAAGUGAAAACCCAAAAAUUUACUCUCCAUUAAUCUAUUUAUGGCUCUGUGAGAUAUAGACCCAAAAUAUGUAACGCUUUAUUAGCUACUCUAGUUUUUGCUGGUUAUUUUGAGCAUGCUCAGAAGGUGUUCAAUGAAAUGUCUCAAAAAGGUGUUCCUUCUACGACUCUAGGAUUUGGUGUGUUUAUAUGGAGAUAUGUGAGAAAGUUGAAUUGGGUGUUGUUUUAAGUGUGUUAGAUGAGGUUAAAUGAUGUGAGUCAUUGAUUAAUGAGAACUGUAAACUUGAUUGUGUUUGAAGUAUUUCAAUCAAUAGGAAAUGUGUUUGAGAUAGAGAAGGUUUUUUUUUUUUUUUUUUUUUUUGAGAGAAAGCUUGCGGUAGCUCCAAGGACUAAUGACUAUAGAGACUUC